CAUGUUGUCAUCUGUUCCAGGACUGAAGAGGGGAUGGAUGCAGCCACAGCUCCAAAGCAAGCCUGGCCCCCAUGGCGCCCCCUCCUGCUCCUGCUCCUCCUGCCUAAAGGUAGCAGUGGUGGCUGCCCUGCCAUCUGUGACUGUACCUCCCAGCCCCGUGCUGUGCUCUGUGCCCACAGGCGACUGGAGGCUGUACCUGGGGGACUCCCACUGGACACAGAGCUCCUGGACCUGAGUGGGAACCGCCUGUGGGGGCUGCAGAAGGGGAUGCUCUCCCGCCUGGGCCUGCUCCGGGAACUGGACCUCAGCUACAACCAGCUCUCCACCCUUGAGCCAGGGGCCUUCAAUGGCCUACAAAGCCUACUCACUCUGAGGCUACAGGGCAAUCGGCUCCGAAUCAUGGGGCCAGGGGUCUUCUCAGGCCUGUCAGCCCUCACACUGCUGGACCUCCGCCUCAACCAGAUUGUCCUCUUCCUAGAUGGAGCUUUUGGGGAUCUAGGCAGCCUCCAGCAGUUGGAAGUUGGGGACAACCACCUGGUGUUUGUGGCACCAGGGGCCUUUGCAGGGCUGGCCAAACUGGGCACUCUCACCCUUGAACGCUGUAAUCUCAGCACAGUACCUGGCCUAGCCCUUGCCCGUCUCCCAGGGCUGGUGGCUCUGAGGCUUCGAGAACUGGAUAUUGGGAGGCUACCCACAGGGGCGCUCCGGGGACUAGGACAGCUGAAAGAGCUGGAGAUCCACCACUGGCCGCCUCUAGAGGCUCUGGAGCCCGGCAGUCUGAUGGGGCUCAACCUCAGCAGCCUGGCCAUCACUCGCUGCAACCUGAGCUCGGUGCCCUUCCAAGCAUUGCACCACCUGAGCUUCCUCAGGGUCCUGGAUCUGUCUCAGAACCCCAUCUCAGCCAUCCCAGCCCGGAGGCUCAGCUCCCUGGUGCGGCUCCAGGAGCUCCGCCUGUCGGGGGCAUGCCUCACCUCCAUCGCUGCCCAUGCCUUCCACGGCUUGACUGCCUUUCACCUCCUAGAUGUGGAAGAUAAUGCUCUUCAGACUCUAGAGGAAACAGCCUUCCCUUCACCAAACAAACUGGUCACCCUGAGGCUGUCUGGCAACCCCCUGACCUGUGACUGCCGCCUCCUCUGGCUGCUGCGGCUUCGGCGCCGCCUGGACUUUGGCACAUCCCCCCCUGCCUGUGCUGGCCCCCAGCAUGUCCAGGGGAAGAGCCUGCGAGAAUUUUCAGACAUCCUCCCUCCAGGGCACUUCACUUGCAAACCAGCCCUGAUCCGAAAGUCUGGGCCACGAUGGGUCGUUGCAGAGGAGGGAGGGCAUGCUGUUUUUUCCUGCUCUGGAGAUGGAGACCCCAUCCCCACUGUCUCCUGGAUGAGGCCUCAAGGGGCUUGGCUGGGAAAUGCUGGGAGGGUAAGGGUUCUAGAGGAUGGGACCCUGGAGAUCCGCUCAGUGCAGCUACAGGAUAGAGGGGCCUAUGUCUGUGUGGUCAGCAACGUAGCUGGGAAUGACUCCCUGAGGACCUGGCUGGAGGUAAUCCAAGUUGAACCACCAAAUGGCACUCUCUCAGACUCCAACAUCACCAUGCCAGAGAUCCCAGGGCCUUUCUUUCUGGAUAGCAGAGGUGUGGCUAUGGUGCUGGCAGUUGGCUUCCUCCCCUUCCUCACCUCAGUGACCCUCUGCUUUGGUCUCAUUGCCCUUUGGAGCAAGGGUAAGGGCCGGGUCAAACACCACAUGACCUUUGACUUUGUGGCACCCCGAUCCUCUGGGGAUAAGAACUCUGGGGGUAAUCGGGUCACUGCCAAGCUCUUCUGAUCUUUCCUUCCACAUUGGGGGCCCAGUCAAGCCAGCUUUGGAUACCAACGAGGAAGUGAAGCAAGGCUACUUGGACCAGAAAAU